CGUUUGCAGAGUGGUGCAGGAAUAGGAGGGAUGGAAGGAAAAAAUACCUCCGUGAACCUUUGAACCGUCUUCUCGAACUAGUCACAAGACUCUCUUCGUCUUAUUGAACUAGUCACAAGACUCGUAUACUUCCUAAUCGGAAUUGACUAUCACACAUACCGAUGCAGACGACCCGGUUCACUAUGGGAUCGCGAUAAAGUGAUUCGUUUUGAUUAAGAAAAUAAAACGAACGGAAAACAAGGGAAGGGGAGAGAGGAGCACCACAGCACUCUUCUAUGCUGCUAAAAGAGAGUCGUUUAGGAACAGGAAAGAGAAAAUAAGAGGCCAAUUGUAGAACCAUCAUGUCAUCUGUUCAUUUCAAUCCAGGGUCGGAUUCCAAAGAAGUUAAUGGUAGUGUAGAGAAGCUGGAGGAGGCUAAGGUGGAGAUAGACGAUGGGAAGGAUAAGAGUGCUGAACCGGAUACCAUGUAUCAACAUAUUCGGAUGACGAUUACGCCUUUUGUCAUGUCCUUCGGAUUCCGUAUGUUUGGUGUGAUACUGAUCAUAGUGGAUAUAGUGUUGGUGAUAGUAGACCUGUCUCUGAUGAAGCGGAGCAGAGAUGUGGGGAACGCUCUAGAGACGGUCUCUCUCAUCAUCUCUCUGUUCUUCCUCACCGACGUACUGCUACGGGUCUAUGUAGAGGGGUUCAAGGUGUACUUCAGUUCCAGACUGAAUAUCAUAGAUGCCUGUAUCGUUGUCAUCACCCUGGUUGUCACUAUGAUCUACACCUUCUCUGACCUGACAGGGACCAGCCUCAUACCCAGGGUGGUGACGUUCCUGCGUUUUCUGAGGAUUAUAAUCCUGGUCAGGGUCUUCAGAUUAGCCUCCCAGAAGAAAGAACUGGAGAAGGUCACCAGAAGGAUGGUGUCUGAGAACAAGCGUCGCUACCAGAAAGACGGCUUUGACCUGGAUCUCACCUACGUCACAGAUCGUGUCAUUGCCAUGUCGUUCCCUUCCUCUGGGAAACAAGCCCUCUACAGAAACCCCAUCAGGGAAGUGGCCAGGUUCCUAGAUGCCAAACAUGAAGACCACUACAGAGUAUACAACCUAUGCAGUGAGAAAGGUUACGACCCCAAGUUCUUCCACUACAGAGUAGAGAGGGUGUUUAUCGACGACCACAACGUGCCUUCGCUGGAGGACAUGCUGAAGUACACUGCCGGUGUGAGAGAGUGGAUGGCAGCUGAUCCCAACAACAUCAUUGCCAUACACUGUAAAGGAGGAAAAGGACGUACAGGAACUCUGGUGUGUACCUGGCUGAUUGACAGUGACCAGUUUGAGAGCGCUCAGGACAGCUUGGACUACUUCGGGGAGAGGAGAACCGAUAAGAGCCGCAGCUCCAAGUUCCAGGGAGUGGAGACCCCGUCUCAGAGCAGGUACGUGGGUUACUAUGAAGUGAUGAAGACUAAGUUCAACCGACAACUUCCUCCAGAACAGAGCCUGAAGAUCAAGAGCAUCCGCAUCAACUCCAUAGCAGGUGUGGGUAAAGGGAACGGUAGUGACUUGAAGGUGAAGAUCAUUGUAAAGAAGAAGCUGGUGUUCCUGUGUGUCUGUGCCAAACAAGAGAACUGCACGGUGUUUCCUGAUGCUGGUAACAACUCGGUGGUGAUCAGCCUGCAGGAGGGGCCUGUUGUCAACGGUGACGUUAAGGUCAUGUUUGAGUCCUCUGCUGGUCUCCCUAAAGGAUAUGAAGACUGUCCUUUCUACUUCUGGUUCAACACCUCCUUUAUAGAGAACAACAGACUGGUCCUGUCUAGAGAAGAACUGGACAACCCCCACAAAGCCAAGACCUGGGAUCUCUACAAGGAGGACUUUGGAGUCACCCUGUCUUUCUCUGAACCAUGACCUUUGACCCCUGUCCAACUCUGAGCCCUUAUCCCUGAUAACAAACCUGUCUGUGUACCAAAUAGCACUUUAUAUAGUGCACUGUCAGACCAGAGCCCCCAUGGGGCCUGUAUAAAGCUAAAGUACUGUAUAGAGAAUAGGGUACCAUUUUGAGAUUCAUGCCUUCUCUGACCCCUUGAUAGUCCUGUCAGACCAAAGGGUCUGCACCUCCUGAACUAGCCAAAAAGACACUCCACUACCAGAAAUGACUGGCUAUGUCCCAAUCAUCUAUCCUUUCUCCUAGAGUGUGCACUCGUUCACUUCCUUUCUUAUCAUUUGAUAAGUACUGGUAGAAUACAUAUGGUAGAAACUCCCACCAAUCCAACUCGGGGAAGCAGCGAAGGUGUCUACACCUUUAUAGGAGAAAGGUGAUUUAUUAUUGGGACAGAGUCCCUGGUGUCUGUUUGCACUGAGCCAUUAGACCUGUAUUAGGUUACCAUUAGACCUGUAUUAGUUUACCAUUUAGUCCACUGAGCCAUUAGACCUGUAUUAGUUUAUCAUUAGACCUGUAUUAGUUUAUCAUUAGACCUGUAUUAGUUUACCAUUAGUCCUCUGUGGUUAUUAGACCUGUAUUAGUUUAUCAUUAGACCUGUAUUAGUUUAUCAUUAGUCCUCUGUGGUUAUUAGACCUGUAUUAGUUUAUCAUUAGACCUGUAUUAGUUUAUCAUUAGACCUGUAUUAGUUUAUCAUUAGUCCUCUGUGGUCAAAUCUGUGGAUUUCCUUUUUUACAUUUUAUACGUUUCUGUUUAAAAAAAAGGGAUCAUUUGGAUGUGAGGGGUGUUCAUUACUAAAACCUUAAAGAUGAUUGUUGUGGAGACCUUGGAAGAUUUAUGGGCCAGUUUCCCGGACAUAGAUUAAGCCUAGUCCUGGACUAAACAGCUAUUUAAAUUGAAAGUGUUUUUUUAGUCCAGGACUAGGAUAAUCUGAAACCAGGCUUAUAAAUGUAAUUUUGAAUUUUCUAUGCUAAUUUUCUCCUGUCAAUCCAAAGGGGUAUACUACAGAGCAAGAUCUAUAAAUUAGCAAACUAAACUUAAAUAUUUUUGAAAUAACUUUGUAUUUUUUGUAUAAUUUUUUUUGUAAGGAUAAACUUGAAAUAGGCAUGGUCGAAUUGACUCAACAACCAAAAACACAUUUCUGAGUUUAACUUUCUUAAUGAAUCAGAAAAUCAAUAGAUAUUUCUUGUUGUUUAUCAGUUAGCUGGCUAACUUGUUGAUCCUGCAUUGUAGCAGAGCCCUCUAGAUAGUUACUGUGCUGUAGGUGAGGAGGACUGGGGUUCUAUUUCACUAAAAUAUCAGUGUAUUCCAACUUAAAAUAAACAUUUCCAUUUGUCA